GGCGCUUCCUUUCCGGCUGGGUAGUUUUUUUUAAAGUGCUCUAAGCAUUCUGAUACAACUAGAAGAAAGAAGAAACACUUCAUUGAAUGAGAAGUCCAUUGCUUUGAUAGCCUUUUUCUUCAAGAGUGGGUCUUUGAAUGAGGAUGACAAUGGAAGAGAUGAAGAAUGAAGCAGAGACCACUUCUAUGGUUUCCAUGCCUCUCUAUGCUGUUAUGUAUCCUGUCUUUAAUGAGCUAGAACGAGUAAAUCUAUCUGCAGCUCAGACACUGAGAGCAGCUUUUAUUAAGGCUGAGAAGGAAAAUCCAGGUCUCACACAAGAUAUCAUCAUAAAAAUUUUGGAGAAAAAAAGUGUUGAAGUUAACUUUACUGAGUCUCUUCUGCGCAUGGCAGCUGACGAUGUAGAAGAGUAUAUGAUUGAAAGGCCAGAGCCGGAAUUCCAAGACUUAAAUGAAAAGGCACGAGCACUUAAACAGAUUCUCAGUAAGAUUCCAGAUGAAAUCAACGACAGAGUGAGGUUUCUUCAGACAAUCAAGGACAUCGCCAGUGCAAUAAAGGAACUUCUUGACACAGUAAAUAAUGUCUUCAAGAAAUAUCAAUACCAGAACCGGAGGGCACUUGAGCACCAAAAGAAAGAGUUUGUAAAAUACUCCAAAAGUUUCAGUGACACUUUGAAAACCUAUUUUAAAGAUGGAAAGGCAAUAAAUGUGUUCAUAAGUGCCAACCGACUAAUUCAUCAAACCAACUUGAUACUCCAGACCUUCAAAACUGUGGCCUGAAAAAAAAAUCUGUAUAUGUUGAGAGCUGUACUUUUCAAUGGUGGAUAGGAUACCUUUAUAUGUAAACUUUAAAGUUUUGACUGUAUAAAUUAUCAGUCCCAGUUGAAGGGACCUAUUGCAGGAUUUUGAAUGGGAUUUAUUGCCAUCUUACACCAUAUUUUUGUAAAAACAUUGUAGCUUAAUCAUAAUCUCACGAUGAAGAUUUUGCAUCACUUUUUUGCUAUUAUCAUUCUUUUCAGAAUUAUAAGCCAAAAGAAUUUACGCCUUAAUGUGUCAUUAUGUAACAUUCCUUAUAAGAAUUGUAAAUAUUUGGUGUUCGGUUUCUGACAUUUUAACUUGAAAGCAAAAACAAAAAA